UUGGGCCACCUUCGAUUCCUGAGAUAUGCCUCGCUGGUCUUCCUGACCCUCCAGAACGUCGUGGUGGUGUUGAUGUCCCGGUAUGUUCGCUCUCAACCCGGUGACAUGUUCAUUGCUUCCACCGCUGUGGCAAUGAGCGAGAUAGUCAAGUUCGUUGUCUGUUUAGGUCUUGUGUGGUUCAUGGAGGAGAAGGGGAGCAUUCGGGGCUUCUUGUCGAACAUUCGCAGAAAUCUUCUCUCCGAUUGGCGAGAUAACCUGCUCAUUGGUGUCCCCGGUGUCAUCUAUGCUAUUCAAAAUAACCUAAUCUAUGUUGCUGUCUCGCAUCUCAAUCCAAGUGUCUUUCAAGUAACGUAUCAACUGAAAGUUUUCACCACUGUUAUAUUCUUCCGUCUCAUUCUUCACCGCGUUCUCACCUCCAAACACUGGAUCGCUCUCUCCCUUCUCUUUGUCGGCGUUAUAGUUGCUCAAGUUGACCCUCAGAAUGCCACCGUAUCUUCUGUUAACAGUAGACCUGAUCAAAGUCCCGUAUAUGGGUUCAUUUGUGUAAUCGUGGCUUGCUUCCUCUCUGGUUUCUCUGGUGUAUUCUUUGAACUCGUGCUCAAAUCCACUCAAAAGACCAUCGUUCUACGCAACAUCCAACUCUCAAUCUAUGGCAUCGUUGCUAGCACAGCCCAAGCUUUCAUUCAAGAGAAAAGUGUGAUUGUUGAACAUGGCUUCUUCUUCGGUUACAACAAGUAUGUAUGGUUUGUGAUUUUGCUGCAAUCACUUGGUGGUCUACUAGUGGCAGCGGUCGUGAGAUAUGCUGAUAACAUCCUCAAAACAUUUGCAACUUCCGUAGCCAUUGUGCUUACCCUGGUGGCAUCAGUUUUGCUAUUCAAUACUGCCUUGACAAUGCACCUUGCAUUUGGAAAUAUAUUGGUAAUUGGAGCAACAGUGAUGUAUGGCAUGUUGCCACCACCGAGGCAAGUGGCUCCAAUUGCUCCAAUUUUAGUGGAGGAAGAUAGACGGCCUCUCAUAACUAAUGAUGAUUCUGUGGUGAUUACGAUUCCGGAGAAACCUACUGAUUAG